UUUAGGACCCACUCUUCAGUUCGGCUUAUGUACAGCACAACACAGAUCAACUGCGUAGAUUAAGUUCUGGUUUAUAUACAUGUUCUUCUGUUACUGGAGUCUUAACGCUUAGCUCAUGCUGGAAGGCCAGCGGCUAAGCUACAAGCACCGCUAUCUUUCUGGAUGCACCCGUGGGAUUUGUCCCUGUGCCCCGUGACUCCGGCUGCCAGCCUGUUGGCCAGAUGUGUCUGCAGAGGAGUCGUGUCGCAGGUGAUGAGACGCGUGUUCCUCUGACGCUGUUCCUCUCUACCUGUCCUCAGGAGCAAAUAGACUCCGCCUCUUCCAGGCUGAGUCCCGCCUUCUCUUCUCACCUGCACGAGGCUGAACAGCGAAUCAGAACGCAGAGACGGCUGGACGAGCUGCAGCUGGAGUUGGAGCUGCUGAAGACGGAGAGGGAGAGCGCCGACGUCGCACACAGAUUCCACCUCGCUCGCAGGUUCCAGAUGUUGCAGGUGUUCUGCGGUCACCUGCAGGACCUCCUGAAGGAUCAGAACAGCCUGAGGCAGAGACUGAUGAGACCGCUGGGUCGCACCAACCUGCCCGUUCAGGCUCACCUGCACAGGUUUGUGGUGGACGCCGUGAAGAUGCUGCUGGACUUCAUAGAGACUCUGGAGGAGAAGCUGAGCUCGGUCCGCUGCCGCCCCACCGCCAGAGACCGCCUCGCUCAGCUGAAUACGUCUCUGGCCCAGUUACUGGCUCAGGUGGCGCAGGUGGAGACUUUGUCCAAUCAGGUUCUGCAGUGGAAGGAAGUCCGCAGCAGCAGGCUGAGUGACAGCUCUGCAUGACGACCCCUGACCUUCCUCCUCCUCCUCCUCCUGGAUGGACAGGACGUCGUCUUGUUGGACGAACAGGAACUUUGUAUUUACUGCAGUUAUGAUGAUGAUGAUGAUUAUUAUUGUGUGUCAGAUAUUACAGACUUGAUGGCUUUUAUAAUAAAAUCCGAUUUUGCGGACACGCUGUGGCUCACGCCGAUGACGUCACUGUUCUUAUUAAAAACCAGAUGGAUGUUUGAACUAAUCGUUUGAGUCUGUAUGACUAAAUCCUGCCGGAGCAGAGAGCGACAGACGGGAUGUGACAGUUUUUUUCAACACAUUUAACAAGUUUCCUAAACUCUUAACGCGUUAGCGCAGCAUCCGUCUUUGGAGGCUGAACACUUGAACACUUGCUUGAACUCCUUUUACACACGAGCUCGACCAAAACAACUCUACCGUCAGAUUAACGGAGAACAUCGUGUUCUGAACGUGACUUCUACAGGCUGAAGUCAAAGCGAACAGCUGCAAACACAAAUAUAUUGCCUGUGUUUUAUCCCACUGCUAAUGAGAAACAGCUGAUUGCAGUUAUGCAAAUAUAUAAAUCGCAGCUGAUCACUGCCGGAGGCGGAUAAGGCACGCCAACAGAUUCUUCCCAUGAUGCCUUGCAGAAGGUAUCAGGUGUGAUGCAGAAGAGCGGGCAGAUCAGAAGAUUACUUAGUUUUUGUUAUUAUAAUCCGGUUCUUUUUCUGUUUUAUAUCUUGCAGUAAUGUCCUUUUGCAAAUAAAGUCUUCACUGCAGCA